GCGGCGGGGGCCGGGGCCGCCCUGGGCGCCAUGGAGUACGUGAGCGCCGAGCAGCUGGCCGGCUUCAGCAAGUACAAGUACAGUGCCGUGGACAGCAACCCCCUGUCUCUCUACGUCAUGCAUCCGUUCUGGAACACGAUAGUGAAGAUCUUCCCUACAUGGCUGGCCCCAAAUCUGAUAACGUUCUCUGGCUUCCUGCUGCUUGUCUUCAACUUCUUCCUCAUGGCAUACUUCGACCCUGACUUUUAUGCUUCUGCUCCUGAUCACCAGCACGUUCCAAGUGGAGUGUGGGUCGUUGUGGGUCUCCUCAACUUCAUUGCCUAUACAUUAGAUGGUGUUGAUGGGAAACAAGCUCGCCGGACCAACUCUAGCACACCACUAGGAGAGCUCUUUGAUCAUGGUCUGGACAGCUGGGCAUGCGUGUACUUUGUUGUGACAGUCUACUCCACCUUUGGACGGGGCUCCACAGGCGUCAGUGUCUUCGUUCUGUACCUCCUAUUAUGGGUGGUCUUGUUUUCAUUCAUCCUCUCCCACUGGGAGAAAUAUAACACAGGGAUUCUCUUCCUGCCCUGGGGAUAUGACAUCAGCCAGGUGACCAUUUCGAUUGUCUACAUAGUGACAGCCAUUGUGGGAGUUGAGGCCUGGUAUGCACCUUUCCUGUUUAAUUUCUUAUAUAGAGACCUAUUCACUUCAAUGAUUAUUGCUUGCGCACUCACUGUGACGCUACCAAUGAGUCUGUAUAACUUCUACAAGGCCUAUAAGAAUAACACCUUGAAGCACCACUCUGUCUAUGAAAUUACACUACCACUGGUAUCCCCAGUGUUGCUCUUCAUGCUCUGCACCACUUGGAUCUUUGUGUCACCAACAGACAUCCUGGAGGUCCAUCCCAGGCUCUUCUAUUUCAUGGUUGGAACAGCCUUUGCUAACAUCUCUUGCCAGCUGAUCGUCUGUCAGAUGAGCAGCACACGCUGCCAGCCUUUGAACUGGAUGCUGAUCCCCAUAGCAGUGGUGCUCUUUGUGGUGAUGUCUGGACUCGCACCAAAUAGCGAAACACUUCUCCUGUACUUGUUAACUGCUCUCCUCACCCUAGCACACAUCCACUACGGAGUGAUAGUGGUGAGCCAGCUGAGCAGGCACUUCAAUAUACGGCCUUUCUCACUAAAGAAGCCCACAGCAGAUUGACUAGGAGUGGAAGAAGAGAAAAUCAGCUUGCAGUCUGCAGAAGUACUGUAAAUAACUGCUGCAAAUACCUGUAAAUACUUCAACCAUCACCACAGAUCUAAACCUAUCCUCUGGACAGACAUCAGGGCAAAGUACUCACGGUUUCCAGUGCAGCCAGGGCAGGAUUGGUACAGGAUGACCCCCGCUGCUGUGUGAACACAAGCCUACAGUUAUUCAGUGAAACUGGACAAGGAGGGUAGCCUUUCAAGUCUCUAUUACUGUAUGUUAGACCAGCUGAAUGUUCCCAUGAAACCUCAGAUUCUAGCUUUUGCUCAGAUAAAGCUGGUUGGGGACGCAGAUGACUUUACCUGAGCAAAGCACCUUAACCUGUCACCAAAAACAGCAUAGCAACUGAUUUCUACAAGGUCAGGGGAACACCCUGGUGGUAGGGGGACUCCUCUCUCUCCCUAAUCCUAUGAGAUAAAUGUCGUCCUGAGCCGGUACUUAAGGAACAUCUGGUGACAGUUCUGUCCUGCCUUCCUGCACUUGCCUUUUAAGGCAAAUACUUGCAACUUCUUAAGAACAAUUUCUAGUAGUUCCACUUGAGGAGUUUAGGAAUCAAGAUUCAGUUUCAUUUAAAAGUGGGAAGGCAGCUUCCCUCUCCCCUGACCCAGCUGUGGGUACCAAGGACCAUGUCUUAACACUGUUCUUGUCUGUCCGUGUGUGUUCCCUGACUGGCAUUGGGAUGUGGGCUUAAACUGGCAGUGGUUAGGGCAAAAAAGGUGGCAUAAAACAGCCUCUGUAACACAGAGCCAAACUCUUCCUUCAUACUAGUAUGAACUUGCCGCUCAAGGUCAACUCCAUUGGAUCAUUACAUGCUGCCUGGACCUCUUGUUUUGUAGCCAGGCCCACUCUGCACAUAACCCUUCCCACUAGACCAUCAGCAGCAAAUCCACAGCUUAGAAAAGCACCUUAAUAAAUGUUGCGUGAUUGUGUGUGUGUUCACUUCCAGAAAGCUUACAGGUGUGUGUGGCGGGGUCCUUUUCAAAUACCAUUUUUUUUUCAAUACCGUUUUCCCCUGCGGCUGCAUGUCUCAUCCAGGGAUAUAUUUGUUUACUGUCCAUUUGUAAAAGGCAUAUUUUCAUUGAUUUAUUUUUUAAUUUGUGUUUUUUUUCCACUUGAGUUGAGUGGGGUGGUGAAGACUGAAUGCUGAUUUUCUUUUUUUGAUCACUUUAUUUAAUGAAGAUUUGUGCUUGAAUGAAGAGUGUAGCUUAAACCCAGGCUCUGGAAAGGCUGCAUCCGGAAGUGAACAAGCACAACAGAUUGUUCAUAUGUAAUUUACCAUGGGAACAAAGUUGUUUAUACACCGAUUAUUGUGCAACGUGGUUUGUAGAAGCUUGGUCACAGAAUUUUCCUUCUGCAGGAGAACAAUCUUCCUGCUGUAGGAAACCUUCAAACUGUAACUACUAUUUAAUGCUUUUUCUUUUGUAAAUUCGAAUCAUUGUCAUGCAGACUACAAGACUUGAAAUCUUGAAUUUGGUUCACAGCAUUCACUGUAUGUGGAGCACAACUGCUCUGUGUGUUGUGACAUGUGAAAUCAUGGUUGGUUGGUCAUGGUACGCCCCGCGAAGAGAGAACUGGAGUGUUCAUCUGUGCUAACGUCGCGGGGAGGGCUUGGCGUGGGAACGUGAGACUAAAUGUCUUUAUGUUCAUUUGUCUGUACGGCUAUGUGUCUGGAAAAGGGUGUCUAAUCUGGGAGAGGGAGUAAAUGGUUUUCAGAGUUUAUUUAAUAAAGUAGCUUAUUCUAUAUAUUUUA